AUGCUCUCUCUACGGCGAAAUCAGGCUCGAUAUAUAGUUGUGGUCGUCCGCCGAUACACAACUGGUGGCCCACGACCGCAGGAGGUCCGGCCUGAGCGAACAAACAAUAAGAUAUGGAAGUCAGCGGAAGAUGGGAUCGCAGACAUGAGAUCCGGGUCGACAAUAUUUAGUGGAGGAUUCGGAUUGUGUGGGACGCCCGACACGCUCAUCCAAGCCGUGAGCAGGAGGCCUGAUCUCCAGAAUUUGACCGCCGUUUCGAAUAAUGCUGGAGUAGGUAAUCGUGGGCUUGGUUUGUUGCUGGAAUCGGGACAACUCUCAAAAGUGAUAUGCUCGUACAUUGGUGCGAACAAGGCUUUCGCCAACAUGUAUCUCACAGGCAAAAUUUCUGUUGAGCUAACACCACAAGGGACGAUCGCCGAGCGGAUAGCGGCAGCCGGACGAGGAAUACCCGCGUUUUUCACACCCACAGGUUAUGGAACAGCGAUUCAAACCGGUGAUCUUCCGAUUCGGUUCCAUCCUAAUGGCGAGGUAGCUAUCCAUGGGAAGAAAAAGGAAGUGCGAGAAUUUAAUGGCCGCCACUACGUCCUGGAGGAGGCUUUGCAUGCUGAUUAUGCGUUUGUCCGAGUUUGGAAGGCCGAUGCGUACGGAAACGCAAUUUUCAGAUAUACUCAACAGAACUUUGGGGGUGCGAUGGCUCGCGGUGCGAAGCUUACUAUCCUCGAGGCCGAAGAAAUUGUCCCCGUAGGUUCUCUCGACCCCAAACACAUCCAUAUUCCAGGCAUCUAUGUUGACCGCGUCGUUCCGGCCGCUGCCCCAAAACAAAUCGAGAUCCGCACCACCCGCCCCUCUGUUCCUUCUGCCAAGUCUCCGGUCUCCGUCGUGGAAGAGAAGAAGGAUGAAGCAGUGGCAAGACGAGAGCGUAUCGUUAAGCGGGCUGCCAGAGAGCUGAAGAACGGGUAUUACGUUAAUCUGGGAAUCGGAAUGCCGAUGCUCGCCCCCAGUUUCUUGCCAGAGGGAGUGCAUGUGCAUAUGCAAAGUGAGAAUGGUAUACUUGGCAUGGGUCCUUACCCCACCGAAGAAGAGGUAGAUGCGGACAUCGUUAAUGCGGGAAAAGAAACGGUGACACUCCUUCCGGGUGCCUCUACUUUUGGCUCGGAGGAAAGUUUCGGCAUGAUUCGAGGCGGUCACAUUGAUGUGGCAAUGCUUGGUGCUCUCGAAGUUUCGUCUUCCGGUGAUCUAGCCAACUAUAUGAUCCCAAAAAAGGUUGUUAAGGGUAUGGGCGGCGCUAUGGAUCUUGUAUCAAAUCCGGAUGGCACAAAAGUUAUUGUGCUGAUGGAUCACGUAAAUAAGAACGGAGAGCACAAAAUUUUGGAGAAAUGCAACCUUCCGCUGACGGGUUUGAGAUGUGUUAGCCAGAUUAUCACUGAUUUGUGCGUCUUCGAUAUCGAUCGGAAAGCUGGUAAGAUGACACUGUCCGAGCUCGCCCCUGGCGUGACCAUCGACGAGGUCAGGGCCAAGACAGGGGCACCGUUCGAGACUGGUGCAGAUCUGAAGACGAUGGAGGACUGA